GAGCUUUGUCUGUUUUCAGCCUUGAUUUCAGUCAUGUCUGGUCGUGGCAAGCAAGGAGGCAAGGCCCGCGCCAAGGCCAAGUCUCGCUCUUCCCGCGCCGGCCUCCAGUUCCCGGUGGGUCGGGUGCACCGCCUGCUGCGCAAAGGCAACUACGCCGAGAGGGUGGGCGCCGGCGCGCCGGUGUACAUGGCGGCGGUGCUGGAGUACCUGACCGCCGAGAUCCUGGAGCUGGCCGGCAACGCGGCCCGAGACAACAAGAAGACGCGCAUCAUCCCUCGUCACCUGCAGCUGGCCAUCCGCAACGACGAGGAGCUGAACAAGCUGCUGGGCAAAGUCACCAUCGCCCAGGGCGGCGUGUUGCCCAACAUCCAGGCCGUUCUUUUACCAAAGAAAACCGAAAGCCACAAAGCCAAAAGCAAAUGAACCCAGACAAA